GAUGAUGAUUAUUAUUUUGAAAGUUACGAUCAUUACAGCAUUCAUGAAGAAAUGUUGAAGGAUAAAGUGCGCACCCAAUCAUACAAAGAUGCCAUGAUCAUGAACCCCUCCUCUUUUGCGAAGAAGGUUGUCAUUGACCUGGGUUGUGGUACUUCUAUUUUAAGCAUGUUUGCUGUUCAGGCGGGGGCGGAGCUUGUCUACGCCAUUGACCAAUCGGAAAUCAUCUACACUGCUAUGGAUAUUGUUAGGUGGAAUGGCCUGGAGAAGAAAAUAAAAUGCAUCAAGAGUAAAAUUGAAGAGGCAAAACUACCAUGUAAAAAGGUUGACAUAAUUGUAUCUGAAUGGAUGGGGUACUUCUUAUUAUUUGAGUCAAUGUUAGAAUCCGUGAUAUACUGUCGCGACAAUUUUUUGGCACCAGGUGGAUUGGUACUGCCCUCUCAUUGCAAUAUCUUUCUUGGGGCCUUUGAUUCUUCAAAAUAUUGGAGGAGCAGAGUAAAAUAUUGGGAUGACGUUUAUGGCUUCAAGAUGUCUUGCAUUAAAACUGCCAUCAUAACAGAAGUUGAUGUUGAUGUGUUGGGGGCCGAGUCUGUUUUGACUGACAUCUGCUGUAUCAAGCAAUUGGACAUAAUGACCGUCCAAUCAGAGGACUUAGAUUUUGACUCCUCCUUCCGGUUGCUUGCACUCAGAGACGGUGUCAUCCAUGGCUUUUUCGGCUUUUUUGAUACUGUCUUUGAUCUUAAGAACAGGGUUGAAUUUUCCACCGGUCCGUUUGAGCCUGAGACGCAUUGGAAGCAGUCAAUUUUUCUCCUGGCUCAGCCCAUCCCUGUUUGCAAGGGUCAGCACAUAGAUGGCAGGAUAUACGUUAAAAGGAGCAAGAAAGACCACAGAUCCUUAGAUGUAAAUAUUAUUAUAGGCAAUAAAAAGCACAAGUACUUCAUGAAUUAA